CGUUGUGCGUAACUGCGUCAUCAGUGCGCGCCUCAGUCCCAGGGUCAGAAUGGCGGCUCCGGCUGGGCGGGCUCUGCGCCAGGUUCUGCUUCUGCGCACGAUCAGUGGGACCCCGAUCCGAGCGAAAAGCGGAGGUGAGGGACCCCCGCAGCACAGAGCCAGCAAGACCUUGGUUUCUUUUCCAGUUAAAUUCCCUGCUGCCCCCCAGGAGCCGGUGACAGGUGAGGGCAGAAGUGGGGUUCCCUCCAGACUCCCCCCGCCCGCAGUACUCGCUGCCCUACAGGAACUGGGGGCCCCCGGGCCGGUAGAACAUGUGCCUGCAGGGAGUUUAGGGCCACAGGAGGGUCCCAGGGCCGGAGCAGGAGGGCCCCAAGCCAAAGGGCCUGAGGAAGAUGAAGAUUCAUCCAGUUCUAGUUCUGACUCUAGUUCCGACUCUGAAGAUGAAGGGGGCACCGGUGCCAGGGGGGGGGCAAAGGCCCAGCCCAAAGAAUCUCAUCCAGACCUGGACCUGCUGACCCAGGAUGAGUGGGCUCCACCCACAGUACCUCCAGAAACCCAAGCAAGAGGGGGCAUCUCUGGGGGCAAAACUGAGCAACUGAUGGACCCGGCGCCAGUCCUGCCCAGCGAGGGAUUGGCACAGGGCAAAGGGACCGAGACUUCAGCUGAACUUGACCCAUUAGCAGCGGCACCGGGUUCUGAAGGAGCCAAGAUGGAGGAAUUGAUGGACCCGGCGCCAGUCCUGCCCAGCGAGGGAUUGGCACAGGGCAAAGAGACAGAGACUUCAGCUGAACUUGACCCAUUAGCAGCGGCACCGGGUUCUGAAGGAGCCAAGAUGGAGGAAUUGAUGGACCCGGCGCCAGUCCUGCCCAGCGAGGGAUUGGCACAGGGCAAAGAGACCGAGACUUCAGCUGAACUUGACCCAUUAGCAGCGGCACCGGGUUCUGAAGGAGCCAAGAUGGAGGAAUUGAUGGACCCGGCGCCAGUCCUGCCCAGCGAGGGAUUGGCACAGGGCAAAGAGACCGAGACUUCAGCUGAACUUGACCCAUUAGCAGCGGCACCGGGUUCUGAAGGAGCCAAGAUGGAGGAAUUGAUGGACCUGGCGCCAGUCCUGCCCAGCGAGGGAUUGGCACAGGGCAAAGAGAAGCUUGGUGGCCCAGUUGGAGAUGUUCCGGUACCAGAGGCACCAGAAGACACCAAGCCUUCAGGCGACACCUCCCCAGCCAAUGGGAGCCCGGCCCCGCCAGCAGAAGAAGUGGGGGAGACAGAUUCUGGGGGUGCAGAAGAGGCGGCACCGGGAUCAUCUGCUGCUCCUCCUCCUGUCGCUCCGGUCCCUCCUCCUGCCGCUCCGGUUAUGGAAGCGCCGCCGUUUGACAACUCAAAGUACCAGAACCUGCAGCAUUACGGCUACACCCCUUAUACCUUUGUGGAUUCCGACUUGGAGCUGUCCAAGGUGCGCUUACCUCAGCCUUCAUCAGGCAGACCCUCCCCGCGCCACUGAAUGCAAUAAAUCCUGUAUAUACUGA